AUGGCAAGUUUAGUAGAUUAUGGAAGUAGCGAUGAGGAAGGCUCUGUUCACAUAGACAUUCUACAGAAAUCUUCAAACACGUCUGAAGGUUCACUGUUCAAUAGUUCUACUACAAAUGGUAUAACAAAAGAUGUGCAACCCCAUGCGACAGGGCUUCCAUCCGCAGAAAGUUCACGCACGAUUGAGCUACCAAGCAAUCCAAAACCAUACGCUCCUCUCGUUGGGCCACAGUUGGGACCAGCUGAGGCGACCGAGCUUCCAGAAUUAGAAAAUACUAUGAUUGGAAACCGGGAUGGUGAACCGCCGUCACCUUAUUCCGCGAAUCGAGCUUUGUUACGAGAUCUUACCCUACCGACAGUUCCCAAUUACGAUAUCCCACCCUCACCCCAAGGUUCACCACUAGCUAGUACGAAUACCAAAUUUAAGCACUUCCUCGAACUAAAGAAGCAGGGUAUACAUUUCAAUGAAAAGCUUGCAAAAUCAGCCGCGCUCCAGAACCCGAGCUUAAUGCAGAAGCUCAUGGACUUUGCAGAUAUUGAUGAGGUGGACCAGUAUGCGACAACCCUUCCCCAAGAUCUAUGGGAUCCGGCAGGCUUUCCCGAGUACGCUUACAAAGAGGAACUUGCGAAAAGCCAACAGGAUAUUUUGAAAGAAAAGGAGGAAAAGAAAGCCCGAGGUCAGAGGGAAGCUAUGGAUUUUGUACCUGCAACAGCCUCAGGCGAUGCAAGUCGCAGUGGGACCCCAAACGCUGGGGGCAUCAAUGGAAAGGCCCAACAAAGUGCUGCUGAACGAAUUAUGGCAGGACUCGAUAAAGGCAGGUCGAACUCACCUCACGCGCAAGGUGUAAAGAGAAAAACGAGAUUUGAAAGUUGA